GAAUGUCAAUUCCAACCAACCCAAACAAACUUUCCCCUGUUCACACCUUCUCUACACCACUAUUACUCAGAGGAAUCUCAAUAUCAACCCUCGCAUUACGUUUCAGUUCUUAUCUCUGCUCCUCAAAAAUGGAGAUAUCCCAUUGGCAGAGCAGCCUUCAUCCAAUACUCCUGCUUUCAUUCCUCAUCUUCCCUCUUGUAGCUGCAGAUCAGACCUGCUCCAAUGGGCUCUGCAAGCUGGGGGAUGGCUGCUCUUCUAAUGGAGAUUGUGGACCUGGAUUGUAUUGCUUGUCAUGCCCACCAACCUUCUUUGCCUCCAGAUGUGUUCGAUCUCUUUACACUGAUCCCUUCAAACUUCUGAAUAAUUCAUUGCCAUUCAACAAAUAUGCAUAUCUAACAACGCACAAUUCAUUUGCCAUUGAAGGAGAGCCCUCUCGCACCGGAGUUCCACGAGUUACACUUAACAAUCAAGAGGACACCAUCGCCCAACAGCUUAAUAAUGGAGUUAGAGGGUUUAUGUUGGAUACCUAUGAUUUUCUUGGAGAUGUCUGGCUCUGCCAUUCCUUUGGAGGAAAAUGCCACAACUACACUGCAUUUGAACCAGCACUAGACACAUUGAAGGUGAUAGAGGCAUUCUUGGCAGCAAACACCAAAGAGAUUGUCACAUUGAUCUUAGAAGACUAUGUUCAAUCUCCCAAUGGACUGACCAAGGUAUUCACCGAAGCCGGGCUCAAAAAAUUCUGGUUUCCGAUCACGAAUAUGCCGAAGGACAACGACGACUGGCCUCGAGUCAGUGACAUGGUGGCAAACAACCAAAGGCUGCUGGUCUUCACAUCAAACAGAGCCAAGGAAGCAACAGAAGGAAUAGCAUACCAAUGGAAUUACAUGGUCGAAAAUCAAUAUGGGAAUGAUGGAAUGCAAGAAGGGAGCUGUCCAAAGAGGGCAGAAUCAUCAGCACUUGAUGACAAGAGAAAAUCACUGGUUUUGGUGAACUAUUUCCCAACAGUUCCAUUCAAAAGACAAGCUUGUGAGCAUAACUCAGAGGAUCUGGUUGGCAUGCUUCAAACUUGUCAUGGGGCAGCUGGUAACCGAUGGGCUAACUUCGUGGCUCUUGAUUUCUACAAGAGGAGCGAUGGAGGUGGAGCCUUUCAAGCUUUGGACACUCUGAAUGGGGAACUCUUGUGUGGGUCGACUGACAUUCAUUCAUGUGUGGGUUGAGUAAAUUGAUACUCAUGGGCUUCGACAUGUCGCCCAAUCUCAGCCCAUUAGUACUUGUGUCCAUACCACCAUUUGGGACAAUAGAAUCCAUUUGAUAACAUGAAAAUACUUACAAGAAUAAAUGUA